UUGGUUACUUCCAGUACAUUGCAAAAGCAGGUUCUGACAGUCAGACUCUUUUGACAGAACAAGAAACAAGCAUAAGGAACUAAAGCAGAACCACUAGCUCUUCGAUCCGACUGAACCUACUGCAUGAUUAUUAACGGAGAUGGCUCAGUGGGCUCAGCUUCAGAUGCUGGACUCCAAAUACUUGGAGCAAGUGGACAUGCUGUAUGACGACUCAUUCCCAAUGGACAUCAGAGACUACCUGAGCAAAUGGAUCGAAAGCAAUGACUGGGACGCGGUGGCAAGUCAAGAAUCUUUAGCGGUGGUUCGCUUUCAUGAGCUACUGACUCAACUGGAUGACCAACACAGCCGCUUUGCUCUGGAGACCAACUUUCUACAGCAACACAACUGCCGUAAAAUCAAGAGGAACCUGCAGGAAAGAUUCCAGGAUGACCCGGUGCACAUGGCAAUGAUAAUCUCAAAGAACCUGAAGGAUGAGCGCAUGAUCCUUGCCUGCGCAAAGAGCGCGAUGCAAAAUGUGGGAACUGCAUCAGCCAUGAUGGUGGAUAAACAGAAGCUGGGCAUCAAAGUGAAGGAGAUGAGGGACAGAGCUCAGGUGGCAGACCAAGCCAUAAAAAAUCUGGAAGAUCAGCAGGAUGAAUACGACUUUAAGUUCAAUUCACUGAGGAACAGAGAGAACGAACGUAACGAAAUGUUGCCAAAGGAACUAGAGAAGGAAAAGAUGAUCAUCUGCAGGAUGUGUUUGGAUCUGAAAACAAAACGGCAGGACAUGGUGCUGCAGCUGUCUGAUCUUCUGAACGUCACUCAAGCUUUAAUGUCGGACCUGAUCAACGAAGAGCUGCCCGAGUGGAAGCAGCGGCAACAGACAGCCUGCAUUGGCGGGCCGCCCAAUGCCUGCCUCGACCAGUUGCAGAACUGGUUCACGGCAGUUGCGGAGACUCUCAAAGAGUUUCGCCAGCAUCUGAAGAAGCUGCAAGAAUUGGAGCAGAAGUUCACAUAUGAAAACGACCCCAUUACCCAGAAGAAAGACUUCCUCGAGGCUCGAGCCCUGGAGUUGCAGAAGACCCUCCUCUCCAAUGCUUUGGUGGUAGAGAGACAGCCCUGCAUGCCCACUCACCCUCAGAGGCCACUAGUGCUGAAAACUGCCAUUCAGUUUACGGUAAAACUUCGGUUCCUGGUGAAGCUGCCCGAGUUCAACUACCAACUGAAAGUCAAGGCCGUAUUCGACAAGGAUGUUGCAGACAAGAAAGGUUUCCGCAGGUUCAACAUCUUGGGAACGAACACAAAAGUUAUGAACAUGGAGGAGUCAAAUGGCAGUCUAUCAGCAGAAUUCAGACAUCUGCAAUUAAAAGAGCAGAAAGUAGCAGGAAACCGAACCAGUGAGGGUCCUCUGGUCGUCACAAAGGAGCUUCACUCGUUGAGCUUCGAGUCAGAGCUGCAGCUCGGCCAGUCCGGAAUCAAGAUCAAGCUAGAGGCUCUGUCCCUGCCUGUGGUGGUGAUCUCCAAUGUGUGCCAGCUGCCAAGCGGCUGGGCAUCCAUCCUGUGGUACAACAUGCUUACCACUGAACCUAAGAACUUGCAGUUCUUCCUGUCCCCUCCCGCAGCCAAGUGGUCUCAGCUCUCUGAGGUUCUCAGCUGGCAGUUCUCCUCCGUCACCAAGCGAGGCCUGAACCAAGAGCAGCUGAACAUGCUGGCUGACAAGCUGCUAGGUCCCAAAGCUCAGAGGAACCCGGAAGGGCUAAUUUCGUGGAACAAGUUCUGCAAGACUCAAAAUAGCAACGAUAAAGGGUUUCCCUUCUGGUUGUGGAUUGAAGGCAUUCUGGAUUUGAUCAAGAGACACUUGCUUGCCCUUUGGAACGAUGACUUCAUCAUGGGCUUCAUCAGUAAGGAACGUGAAAAAGCUCUUCUGAGUGACAAGUGUCCGGGCACCUUCUUGCUUCGGUUUAGCGAGAGCAGCAAAGAAGGAGCCAUUACCUUUACGUGGAUCGAAUACGACAUGCACAACCAACCCAGCUUCCAUUCAGUGGAGCCGUAUUCAAAGAAAGACCUGACUGCCGUCUCGCUGCCGGACAUCAUUCGCACUUACAAAGUGAUGGCGACUGAUGACAUCCCGGAUAACCCGCUGCGCUUCCUCUACCCUGACAUCCCAAAAGAUGUGGCCUUUAAGAAGUACUAUGCCAAAAACGAAGCUCCAGAGCCUAUGGACGUGGAAAACACAGUGAAGAGCGGCUACAUGAAGACUGAGCUCAUAUCCGUCUCCCAAGUACAUCCGGCACGGCUGCAGGAAAAGAUGAUGCCCAUGUCGCCUGAGGUUUACAGGUUUUUGGAGCAGUCUGUUAGUACCCCAGACUUUGAAGCAAUGGUGGCAGACCUAGAGGAUGAAAGCUGAGCUGCUAUGUCCAGGUUUCCCCCGUUGUGAAAACCUUUUGUUUCUUAAGAUCAUCUUUUUGUGUAUAUACAAAAUAUUCACUCGAUUUGAGAAAAUGUGUUUAAAGUACAUAUUAUAAAGUACGUAGUAUUUAUCCUAGUGACUCACCAUUGCGACCAGGCAAGCUGAAAGUUAUAUUGGUUGACCACAUGUCCAAGUUAAUAUACAUGUUUCUACUGCAUUAAGUGAUUACUAAUUGCCUGACUUCUAUGUGUGCCCUGAGAUUGACCAGCAACCAGUUCAAGCUUUUGACCAAAAAAGCAGAGAACAGCCAAAGUGUUACACAUAUAUUUAAUCUACGAAAACGUUUUCCAAAAUUGAUACAUCCAUUCACAGGUGGCUAUCAGCGAAGGUCCAUUCACCCUUCCUGCAAUGGCGCUACCAGGGGGUAGCCACGGCCCCAAUUACUGUAUAAAUUCAGUGGCCACCCCACUGGCUAGUAUAAAUUGUACCAGGGUCUUUUAUGGCAGUACUUCCAUUUUCCCCGGUAGUGGUUUUGUUUACAACAAAUGCCCAUCUUGUUCAUUACACAAUAAAACACAAUUGUUAAACUCAGAA